AUACAUAGGAAAAUUAUGAGAGAGAAGAAAGACGAAAAUUGGAGCCGUUAAAGAGCGAGCUUUACCGAGCAAGGCUAAGCAAUCAUGAAGCACGCAUUCAUUGAAGUUUCAGAGCAUUUGUUUCAUCUUUCUUUUCUGUUUCUGUUUACUUUGUCUACUUUGAUCCUUUGGCUUCACGAUUUUGCCCUUGUCAAGGAAGGGGAAAAGAGGUGACCCAUUUUUUUUUUUUCUAGGAGUACAUUUAAAAGCAUAAAUAUUUACCUUGGUUAUACAAUAAAAAGUAAUUCUUACC